CCCUUUCCCAAACACGAAGCUCAAACAUUUCCGAGCUCUGAUCGCCGUCUUCAGUUAAUAACCCUAGCCGAUCUCUUUCACCGGAACUCUCGCAUAAGAGAGACAUAAAAGGAUGAGUGGGUUUAGAGCAUUCAAAGCACAGGUGCCCAUUCAAUGGAGCGAGAGCUUGUACAUAACCUUAGUGAGAGGUCUCCCUGGAACCAGGAAGCUUCACAGGCGUACUCUCGAGGCUAUGGGACUCCGCAGAUGCCAUCGCACUGUUUUGCACUCCAACACUUCUUCCAUUAGAGGAAUGAUUCAACAGGUUAAAAGGAUGGUUGUUGUUGAGACGGAGGAGAUGUUCAAAGCUCGCAAAGAAGCUGAAGCCAACCACAAAGCUCUCCGCCCUCCGCUUGUUGUCAGUCAUUCAAUCCCUGCAACAGGCUCAUCCAACAUGUCUUUAGCGUAUUUCAGAGGAUGGUAAUAAGAAAUGUGGGUAUCAAUGGUUUUUGUAUACGCUGGAUACUUGUGUAUGUUUGCUCUCAUUUUGUCAAAUCCAUCUGUUUGGUUACUUUUUGUGUGUUUCAAUGUUUGGAAUGAGAUUAUUGUCAACAUA